AUGGCGAUGCGAUUCCCGGUAUUGCGACUGAUAUGGGUCUUUUUGAUGGGCUUAAGGGUGGAGAUGCUGGCGGAUGCGCAGGAAGAGCAUACAGCGAUUCCCCUGCCCAGUUACCACUACGGCGCAAAGAUUGAAGUUAGUUGUCUGAAUAGGAGCAUUGAUACAGGCGAACAUAUUUCGAACGAGAGGAACGAACUGGAGUAUGUUCCGUUCCCAGUGUGCAAUGAGACGGGUAAACCUUUGGAGCUCAUGUAUGGGAUUGAGGAAGAACUCAAUUGCACAAUACCAGUAAUAACAGACCCCUUCUUCCACCUUCUCGAAUUCUACAUCCACAACGAUGCGCCCCUAUCCUGUCGAAUCCCCUCUCGCCCGCCCCCCUCCGUCCAACUCGCAGAACAACCUUCUCCCCCAACCGAAUACGUCCCCCUCAUCUUCGCCCUCGCAGGCACCCUUCAACUCUCCCACCUCCACAUCUCCACGCACCUCAACAUCCUCCUCCACUCGACCCCAAAACACCAUCUCCACCACCACGACUCCGGCGUGAUAGAUUCGGGAGCUGCCUACUCGACCUCCCCCCUCUCACACACCACCGGCCCCGCUGCUCUCACGAAGAAACUGGUUAUCGGUGACCCACUGCCCCUACAAUUUUCUGUAAGAUGGUUUCCGACGCCCGCGCUGCCGAGGGAGAAUGGGAAGGUGGAGUGGGCGGGGAUAGGAGGGCAUUUCUAUGUUAGCACGGCGUUUUAUUGUUUGGUCAGUGCGGGUGCUGGGGCUAGUGUGGUUACAGUGUGGUUCUGGGGCGUGGUGCUGCCGAAGAGGUUGAGGGCUAGGGCGAAGGGGAUGGGUGCGAAUACGCCGUUGGGGUAUGGGGUUGGGAAUGGGUGGGGGAUGGGGAAGAGGGAUUGA